UCCCUCUUUGUGCAUCUAGACACGCGCCGUCGUGGACGGUGGACUCCUUCGAUAACGAUGAUGGGCGAUGCGGAGAUCAUCGCUGAGCUGGCGCGCCUGCGGAUCGAGAUCGACGCGACAAAGGCGGAUGUACGCGCGAUUGGAUAUACGCUGGACUCAUUCAGCGCGCACCCGCUGAAGGCGAUUGAGGGAAUACAGGCCCAGUUGGCGGAGCAGGCUGAGCUGCAGACAGAGCACUACGAGCUGCAGGGUCGCUUGGAGCACCCGUGCUCUGCCGUAGACGUGGAUGCGCGGCUGGGGGAGCUGGGGGAGUGGGAGAAGAGGCUGGUGAUUGAGCGGGAGGUUUGGAGCGAGGUGCUGCCGCUGGUAAUGGGCUCACGGGAGGCAGCAUCGGCAGAGGCAACACAGAAAAAGACGGCGAAAUCUCCGCCGACCCGAGGAAACGUUCCAGGCGCUGUCUCUCCGAGGCUGACAGUGCGGACUCAAACGACACGACGCGAUACUCCAGUUCAGCGACCAAACUCGUCUCGCCGUCCCGAUCCGCCUUCAACUGCGUCCGAAACGUCUGGUCUUGCCGCGAGUCCCGCGGCAGUCGCCGUGAUGGGGAGUUCUGGAACUCCUCAAACGCCGCGGAAAGCGAAGAAGGUGACCACGAUGCCCGUGGUCAGUAGCUGUGCUGCCAGUAUCCAUUCAACGGCACUCCAGCGCGUCGUCAAGUCUGCCCCGCCGACUCAAAGCAGAAGCCCCACCGAAAAACCGUUACGCGGGGCACAACCGGAGUCACCACGCCCUCCGCCCGACAUCGCGCCCGCACCGAAGCGUAUCGCCUCCGUAGCAGCGCUUCCACCCAUCGAAGUGGUCCUCCCCGCAGCGCAUUUCGCGUGGCUGGACGAACCCUGCGAGAACGAAGAGCAGGCGACGCCCGGCAUGCGGGAGACACCGCCAACAACCAUCGAAAUGAAGGUCGCGGUUCAGACUAUUCCCCGGCCUGGCGACACACCUCUCCGGGCUCCGGCUGCGAAUACCAGUGCGGUAGCUCCGACACCACCCGUGGGGGCCCCGGCUACCCCAGUAUCGCCCCUGCGCACCCUCCGGUUUCGGAAAAUCCAUCCUGUCGCUCCGGUCUCCGCGGGCCCGAGUGCUGCGCCAGCGAACGUGAAUCCAAACCCAGCCCAGUCAAAGACCCUCUCGGAUGAGGGGCUGUGGUAUCAAUUCGUUGACCGCAAGCUUAAGCUGGUACCCCUUCCUGAUGCGUACCUGCGCCACCGGCGGUUGGCCAAUGAACAGACUUCGCAGCAGAGGGUGCGGGCGCGGCGCGACGCGCGAGAUGCGAUUCAGAGGCGUGCGCGUGCUGACCCUCCCGUGCGGCGAUGCCGGCCAUCUCAUCUUGAAGACGCGGUGCCGGUGCCAUGGGACGUGCUCUGCGCCAAGGCGAAGCCUGUCCCGCCAACGCAGCACGAUCGGGACCGGCGCGACCGGUACCGCCCUCGGCCCCCUGGCGGGGACUCGCUACUCGGCCGGAUCGGUCCGCGUGUUAUGGCUCGGCCGCCGCCGGACGGUGAGCGUGCCGCGAAGAGGGCGCGGCGCGGCUCAAGUCUGGAGCCGGGGGAAAUCGACGAAGGUUGGGAGAGUCGAUAG